AUGGAGGCAUUUCAGCUGGAGAUGAUACGUCGUUUGAUAGGCAUGCUGGCUGGGUACUUCGAUACGCCUGAUCAGGUAGUCUCGGCUGUACAGGCCGCGCUUGGAGAACAAGCCGAGACUCGAGAUGACGAGGAAACUACGGACUCUAGCAAUACUAUCGUUGAGCAAUCUCGUUCACCGAAGAAAAAGACGCGCAGUCAUAGUAGUGAGCUCCAAGAGGCUACGCUGUCACGCGGUUACGAUAACAACUUGGACGGCGUUUUGGUGGAUGUGGAACGCCCAACAAUCCGAACAGAAAAUACCGUCUCCAAUUCCAAUACGAUUUCUCAAAGGAAGAAGGAUAGGAAGAUUUCAUCCACAUGGGAUUGGAAUAUCAAACCGGAUCAGGUUACUGAUGAAGCUAGUAUAAGACAUGCCUUCCCGCGUACGGCCGAUCUAUUCGCAUAUCAUGUUUUGCCCGCUACCCAACACAGGCUAGGAUUGAGAGCGUCGAGAAAGGAGAUAAGGCUUAACAUGCAGUCCUUACUGGGCAGCAUCGCUCAAGAAGAAUUCAACGGGUGGGUUGAAAGUUUGGAUAAGCUACUCAAAGGCGACCGCGGAAUGUUAGCCCGACCGAAUAUUUCCCUGGUCAACGAUAGCCAACUAUCCCCUAUGACACCAGCUCCAAGCCGGUCGAAGCUGGGCAUCAGAAAUAACGACAUGCCCUUGCGUAAGAACACCAUCAUCAAAUUCGAGGAUGCUGAGGGUUCUGGUGGAAUACUACCGGAUACCCAGGAAACGUUAGCUACCGUAGUCAGGCGGAAUUUCUCCACAGAGGAUCGUGAUCUCGGAUCAGCAGUCCUAGGUAUAGAGGCUGAUUCCGAAAUACACACUAGCCGCUCUCAGGGCAAUGAUAGUAUUGACAGUUCUUUUGGUAUGCCCGUGUUGCAGUUGUUGUGGGGAACAUAUUCCUUGACGCCAAAUAUGUGUGUCAACGACCACUUGGAGAUCACCGAGACGAUAAUGAACAAUCUCCAACGCCGAGUUCCAGCUGAGGCAAUUGCAAGCGGCCUUGGCGGUCAAAGUAAGACACGUACAAAGGAUGAGCUUCGGAGUAGUAUUGUUCUAGCUUUCCCCAAACCUGGACAAUUUAUCAACUUUAUGAGAAUAAAGAAGGAUAUCGAAGGUUCAUUGGUGGAACAGGUGAUUGCGGAGCCGCAGGCUUUUCCCGAGCUAAAGUCUAUGCCUUUUGUAUUCGCUCAUAUACUACCGCAUAUAAGAGUGGCGAUCGAAUCGCUCUUUGGCUCCUGGUCUGCUGUAUCUGCAUUAAGUGGGGUUCAGUUGUGGGGAAGUAUCCUUGAAGCUCUGAAGCAGCGAGGCCUCUCCGAAGCGUCAGUUGGUGCGGCAAAUAUCGACUGCUUGCAGAUUGAUAGUCUUUGCAAUAACUGCAAGUUUCCAGAGGUCACACGGCGCGCACUUCUCGAACGUAUCUUCCGUCGUUUAGUCUUUUUACACAAAGACAAAUUUUCUGAGUUGAAGGCAACACCGGUUGUCAAGGUGUGGGAACGAAAGACUGGCCUGGUGUGGUGA